AUGGCGGCCUUUGACGACAUCAAGGUUGGCGAUAUUGUCAACGUGCCUGGUGGCAUGUACGGCACCGUCAAAUACUUGGGAACCGUGGCGGGCAAGCCUGGUCGCUUCGCCGGCAUCGAACUCGGCCCUGAACACUCGCAACGAGGAAAGAAUAGCGGCGAUGUGGAAGGACGAAAGUACUUUGCUACCACCGUCCCUGGAUCGGGUAUCUUUGUGCCUAUGAACAACAGCAAAUACGUCACGCGCCGAUCAGCGUCUUCGUCGGCAAAUACGUUCACCGUGCCUACAACUCCAGGACGACCCCCACCUAAUUUCAGCAAGUCAAUGGGCCCAAGCCCAUCGAUGGCUCGUCCUCGAAUCCGUCGACCAUCGCUGCCUCGUCCGGAGUCUCCGCGAACCUCCGUCUCUCCCCCGAAACUCAGCCUCGGUGGCCUGCGCACACCCUCCGCAGCUUCCAGAACUUCUGGCAUCAAUGGAUACCCACGAAGCCCAGUCAAGGCACCCUCUCGUCUGUCCGAUAGACCACCUUCGCGCAUCAGUUUGGAUGACGACAAUGCCUCCUCAUAUGGUAGACCCUCCGACUUCGCUCGGCCGUCGUCUGCGGAGACACAAGAGUUGAAGGAUCAGAUCAAGAGCUUGGAGAAACAAUUACUCGACCGAGAUAAGCAAUUGGAUGAGCAAUCGAAGACACUGAGCGAAUUCCAAAAGACGAUGGAGGAGCUAGAAGGGGCAGAUGCGAUCAAUAUCCGCACGCAACUACGCGAGAGGAAUGAACGGAUCGCCCAACUGACUGCUGAGUUUGAUGGCCACCGUGCGGAUUUCCGAAGUACUUUGGAUACCUUGGAGAUCGCCGCAUCUGAGACGGAGCGCGUGUAUGAACAACGUCUGGACGAGCUCAUGCAGCAAAACAAUGAGUUGCAGAACCGUGGUGAGGAUGUUGAAAUCGUUGCACAACAGCUCAAGCAGCUGGAGGAGCUUGUCUCAGAGUUGGAGGAAGGGCUCGAAGAUGCACGGCGAGGCGAGGCAGAGGCAAGGGCCGAGGUCGAGUUCCUCCGCGGCGAGGUGGAACGAACCAAGUUGGAACUGAAGAAAGAGCGGGAUCAGUCAGCGACCGCACUGAAACAUGCCCAUGCUGCAGCAGAUGGCCCUCGGGGCUCAUACGAGCUGGAACAGAAAGAUGAUGAGAUCCGUGGACUCAAGGCUAUCAUCCACUCUUUGAGCCGGGGCAACCCUGGAGCUGCCGGUCUGGGCGAGAACGGCUCGGUCGAUGCCCACAAAGAGCAGAGCGAGCAGAUCUCUCAGCUGGAGCAACGGCUGCAGGAGUUCGAGGGAACCACCCAGUCCAAGGACACACGCAUUGAGGAACUGGAACGGGAACUGCAGGAACUACGAUUGGGCUCCGGUGGUCGCAACCGCAGCUCCACGGUGACACUCUCGCCAAAGCAGCAACACAAGCCGUCAAGUUCUUCGGGUAACAUUACUGUGAACCACAAUAUCAACCACGCUCACCGUCUCUCUGACCGCACCGUGGUCCCUAAUGACUGGCACGAUAUGCCGACAAACGAUCAGCGGCAACACCACCGUGGCUUCUCCAAUUCGUCCCAGCCCCGAUUGGAGCCCAUGCCCGAGUCGGAGCGUUCUUCUGAUGACGAUGCUCUGUGGUGUGAAAUCUGCGAGACGGGCGGUCAUGAUAUCUUGAACUGCACCAGCAUGUUCGGCUCUGGCAACACCGGGGUCAACAAGCCAAAAAGCCCCGCAGCGCCCGUCGAGAAGCCUACUGAAGCACCUGAGGACAAUGCAUACGCUAACAGCCACACGGAUAGCGCUCCCUCCCAGAAGACUGGCCGCGACGUUGUGCUCGAGGGUCUAAAGGGUAUUGGCGGCCUGGGUUCAUCGAUGGCCCCUAUCGCCGGCAAGUCGUCUGGAGUCAUUGAUGAGUCGAAGUGGUGUGCUCUUUGCGAGCGAGAUGGCCAUGAGAGUAUCGACUGUCCUUUUGAUGAAUAA